AUGAUAAAAGCGAAUGCACAAAAGCGUAGGAAGCUGUCCACCAUCUCGAGUGGUACGGCGGUCGGCACCCCAAUCGCCGAACGAGACGAACCACCGCAAACACGUGGCCGCCUGCGGGAAAGGUAUCGCUUCACGGAGGAACUGUUCCAGCUUUUUGGAAGCAUCACCGCUCACUGUUACCGUCAGCUGGCCCAAAAGGAUCGUUCCGUCUGGGAGCGAUUGUUUUGGUUGCUGAUGUUAAUACUUGAAGCGGCCACACUCGUUGCGAUUAUCAUAUCCGCCUGGGGUAAAUUUACGGCCAAUCCACUGAUAACAACGCUGCACGAUACGAUCUACCCGAUCAAUCUCGUCCCGUUUCCGGCGAUCUCGCUGUGUAACAACAAUCGGAUCUCUCGGACGGCCGCCCUGAGAUACGCACGUCAGCUGGCCGAGAAGGACACGGAACGGCACAAUGUGAGCUACUUUCUCGAGCAAAUCGUACUGCUGGGGAAGCUGUAUGACUUCGACUACGAGAAUCUGCACCAGAUGACAAAAUUUCAGGAGUUUCUCGAUUUGAACGAUGUGAGCAACGGAACUGGCAUGUACAAUGCGCUGGAAACGCUUACCAAGCUAUCGCCCCGUUGCGAGGAUAUGCUGUUGAGAUGUUUCUGGAAAAGUAUCGAACUACCGUGCAUGCUGCGGAACGAUAUGGUUGAGGUACGCCGUACGCAGUAUGGAUUUUGCUGCACGUUCAACUUUAUCGGACACAACGAAGAUAACGAGAUUCAUCCGCCAUCGUACUUUUUGGACGUAACUGGACCGGAAAUGGGAUUGGUGCUUCUGCUGAAUGGAUCCUCUAAUGACUAUUUCUACAACUUGUUCAACAACAUUGGCUUCAACCUUCAAAUUUUCAACCCGAGCGAAGUCCCGGACAGUACGGCCGGCGGGGUAAACGAGCAAUUCGUCCACCUCGGUACGGAAACGUUCAUACGAGUUGAUGCCAUCACCAUCAACAGUGAGCCGGAUGUGCUGCGCUACUCGAGACAGAAGCGCCAGUGCGUGUUUCGCAACGAGCUACUAAAGUACGGUGCCAACUAUGGCCGCAGUAACUGCGUGGCCGCCUGCCGACUGCGGAGCGUGCUGGCACUGUGCGAGUGCGUACCGUUCUACAUGCCAACGGCUGCAGCAACGGCCAGCAGCAAAUCCAUAACGACCUGCAAUCUCCAACAUAUCGCUUGCCUGAACAAGUACAAGAUCAAGUGGUCAACCGUGAUAACGGACAUCGUGCGCAUACCGGGCCUGGAGAAGGAGAUGGAAGAAUCGCUCUACUGUCCGGAAUGUUUACCCUCGUGCUCGGCCAGCAAGUAUCAGAUCACCGCUUCCGAGCUGCCCCUAAUUCGGUCCCGGCGCAACGGUUUCAGCAUUACGGCCGGCAUCGAGAACGUGGCGGACGUCGCGGUGGUACGGAUAUUCUUCGGCCAGCCAGAAACGUGGAUGUACAAGCAGAACGUUGCGUACUACUGGUUCGAGAUAUUUAGCAACUUCGGCGGGAUGUUCGGCAUCAUGGCCGGCAUGUCACUGAUAACCCUAAUGGAGGUUGUUUACUUUGUCGGCCGGCAGCUGGUGCUGGUGUUUGCGACCCGCUCCUGGAGUGCACGGCUCCGUGCGCACAAACCGAACCUCGAGUUGCUGCAGUAA